AUGUCUUCCACAAAGUACAACUACAACAAACUCGCCGAUACACAUGUGCUUAUUCUAGGGGGUACAUCCGGACUAGGCUUCGCUGUCGCCAAAGCCUGUCUGGCCCACUCAGCACGGAUAACCAUCUCGUCUUCCUCAUCCCUUCGCAUCGGAAGCACAAUCAAGAAACUCGUAUCAGAAUUUCCCGAUUGCAAGGAGAGAAUCAACUAUUACCCCUGCGAUCUAUCUCGUGAAACAUCAGAACAGGAAAUCGAAUCCCUAUUCUCUCAAGUCGGAAUUGUCGAUCACAUAGUUUACACGGCAGCGGACGCACUACCACUCAUGCCAUUAGGAGACAUAACGCGCGAAAAAAUCAUAGCAGGCGUACAGAUGCGCCUCAUCGCUCCGAUUCUCGUUGCAAAGAUCGGUUCUCGAUACCUAACCCCCGGGCCAGAGUCUUCUCUUACCUUGACAAGCGGUGGAAUCUCGGAACGCCCAACAGAGAACUGGACUAUCGUUGCUGGGGUCAUGGGCGGUGUUAAUAGUGCUGUGAGGAACUUGGCGCUGGAAAUGAAACCCGUUCGGGUUAAUGCUGUUAGUCCUGGACUUGUUGAUACGGAGAUGUGGGAUGCUACGUUUGAGAAGGAAGAAAAGGAUACUGCGUUUCGGGCAUUGGGGGAGAAGCAUCUGACAGGGAGAAUUGCGAGUGCUGAUGAGGUUGCAGAGGCAUAUCUUUAUUUGAUGAAAGAUUCCAAUGUUACGGGGAGAGUUAUUAGUUCUGAUUCUGGAUCUGGAAUUGUUUGA